GCAGCUCAUCAUUUUUGUCAACAAGGCUAUGCAACCUUGGUUAUUUCAAUGGACUGGCAAUUGCUACAAUGGACGUCAAAUGAAGAUUCUCUGUCUACGCUGGAUAUUGUCAUUAUAUUGAGACUUUGUUUGGCCUUUUUUGUAACCCGUUACUCUCAGCCCUUAUUUACUGGCCCUUCAUCAAAUCAUUUUAAGUAGCAAACCAUAAACGAUACCCUGCUUGCACCUCCAGGUAAGGAACAGCAACCAAUCAGUUAUCCACAACAACAAGCAUCCCCAUCAUGUGUUGCUUUCUAGACACUUUUUCAUCCUUCUAAAAGUUUUUUUGUGAAUCUGAGACUCUGAAUUCCUGUGCGUCGGUUUAUUUGUGGAUUUUAAGCUCUCUUUGGGGCCCAGAGCAGGUGUGAGUACUACAGGAGCACAUUUGACCUCCAUUCAGCUUUUAGAGGCGGAAGCAUGAUAAAGAGCAAUAAGAAAAUAAAAUCCCAGGAUGGCUCAACAAACGCUAUCAUAAGUAACAAUGUCAACAAACAGACCAAUAACCUGGCUCUCGUCUCUCAACCGAAUACCCCAAAUAGCUUUUCAUUGUUCUUGGAAAGUUGUGUGCCCCCUGUUGCAUUGAGGCAUUUUGGGGGUCUGCCGCUUAGGCCCGUUCCCCUCCAGUUGGCACAGAUAAAGACUCAGUUGGCACUGCACCAGCUGAAUGCAAUUUCUGGCACAAGCGUCACUCCGCCGGCAAUUGCGUCACCUGCUUUGACCUUGCUCAACUUGCUCAAGGUCACCAUGUCGCAUCCAUUGUAUAAUCCCCGUGGAGGGCAGUUCCCCAGUGGUCAGAGACCCAUCGUGCCUGGCCAGUAUGGUCUUGGAGCACAGCCUCGAAUGGAGCUGGGGGCAGCCCGUCUUGGCCCGGGUUCCAUAUCUGGUUCUCGGGGAUUGUUGGGAAACCAGCCCUUCUCCUUGGGCCAACGCCAGUCAAAGAUUUCCACAGAUCUUGAAGCUGCCAUAGACCGGAAUCUUCGGGGAGCCCGCGAGGAAGUUCGCCUUCUCACUCAAAUGCUCCAGCAACCCAAAAAAGCAGAUCCCAGAAUGAGAGAAGAUGCAAGGGAUGAAGUGCUUUCCUCCAGCAGCGGCUUUUCAGGGACUUCACGAUCUGAUGAGGUGGACUGGUCCAUAUACCAAGCUCCAGGCAAGCUCUUCUCAUCCGCAAGUUUGGACCGUCCUUCCAGUUCUUCGCAGCUGUUCCCGUCUGCAAGUUUUGUUGGAGGGUCAAGUGGUUUGACAAGCCAGCCUCCUCCAGAACCUCGACCUUCACGCUACACCUCUGAAAGUGCCAGCAGCAUCCUAGCAAGUUUUGGACUCUCCAAUGAGGACCUAGAACUUCUAAGCCACUAUCCAGAUGAUCAGCUUACCCCCGACAACCUGCCGUUUAUUUUACGAGACAUCCGAAUGCGUAAAGCGAAGAGGGACGUUGAUGCGAGGUCUGAAUACAGCAAAGUUAUUGACUAUGGACAUUCUAGUAAAUUUGACUAUCCUGAGGAGAACCCGGAUGGCUAUGCAAGUGAACGCCUGCCUAAAGAGUCUCCAAAGUUUGUGAGGGAGGUCUCUGGACCACCCUUCACUGGCAUGGAAAUCUCAAAGCAUCCUCAGUCGUGUCAGCCAGCACCAGGCCCUGUACAAGUUCCAAAGCUUCAGAAACCUCCAACAGUAGAUCCAAGACCUACUAAGACGAUUCCAGCAAGACCAUCUGCUUCCCAGACUAUUCUGCAGCCUCCCAGUCGGCCUCCUCUGCAGAUACCACCUCAACUUGGUGUUCUACCCAUGAUGACCAUUGACGAUAUUUCCCGAGGUCCGAAUGCCAACUGGAUCCCGUUCCUUUCGCCUCCAAUCAGUGUGUCUGCCCCGAAGAGGCUUCCAACUCCAACCAUGAUGAACGAUUAUUCAGCAGCUACACCAAGAAUCUUUCCUCAUACAUGCUCUCUAUGUAACAUUGAAUGUAUCCAGAUUAAGGACUGGCUUGAACAUCAGAAUACAAAUCUUCACAUUGAGAGCUGUAGACGCCUUAGAAAACAAUAUCCUGACUGGAAUGUUGAGGCUGUCUCUGUUUCAAGACCUGAGCCCAAAACAGAACACAGCAGCUCGAAGCGACAUGCUCGAUCGCACUCGUACUCCAGAUCCCCCAGUCCGAAGCGGCACCAUGACUCCUCAAGUCGUCGUAAGCGAUCCCGUUCACGCUCCCGGUCCCGUUCUCGCUCCCGAAGCCCUAGAAGGUACCGCCGUUCUAGAAGUCGCAGCCGGUCCCCCCAUAGGAAGUCUCGAGGCAGUCCUUACAGACGGAGGUCCCGUAGUCCACCAUCUCAACGGUCGAGAUCUCCAGUUUACGGCAGACGCUCUCCUGUACGCCGUUCGAGCCCCCGCCGGAGCAGCCCCUCCUGGCAGCAGAGAUCUAGUAGUAGUGAACGGUUGGCUAUGAAGCUCAUGUCUUCAGGUGAGUUUUCUUCAAUCACAGACAGUAGUACUUUGAAGGCUGUGGUGAAGUCCUUGGCACCAGCCCUGCUGGCUGAGCUUGCAAAGAAGAAAAGUAGUUCCACUUCUUCCUCAUCAAAGGCAAGCAGUAGCAGCAGUAGUUGGAAACGACCGCCUUCUCCUAAGAGAGCGGAGUACUCCAAGUCAGGCAAAACCUCCACCUCAAAGGCCUGCAGCAGUCCGAAGCAAAGACCCUUGACCCUUGUGAAGGAUGCCCCUGGCACAUCCUGUUUGUUGAGGCUCAUUGGAAUUCCUCAAGGGACCACAAGCAAAGAACUGACUGAUGCAAUUGAGCCUUUUGGCAAGAUCUAUACUGCCAUUCUCCUCAAGGCAAUUAAAGAGGCUUCAGUGUGUAUGGAGAGAGUGGAGGAUGCCAAAGCUUUGCUCAACUGUAAGAACCUGACAAUUCGUGGCAACGUUAUUAAAAUCUGCAUGGAGAAGGAUGCAAGAGAGGAUGAUGGGAGGAAAUCUGUUAAGAUCGAAAAACCUGUUAAGAAAAAAGAGGUGACCACAUCAACAAAACCAGCCCAAUUAGCAAAAGUAAAGAGUGCACCUCAGCCAGCAAAAGCAAAAGAGGUGACAGGUUCUAAGAUGACUCAGUUAACUAAGGCAAAACUGAGCGAAACCAACAAGAUGGCUCAAGUUACCAAGGGAAAACCGAGUGAACCUAAAAAGACUGUUCAAACAGCUAAAGCUAAACCCCCUGCAAAGGGUUCAGAGACCACAGUUGCAAAAAAAUUGAUAAAGAAGGAAAUACCCUGGAGAAAAAAUAUAGUUGAGAUUACAAAUCUUCCAGAGGAAGGGGUUACUGAGGAUGACCUCACCAACCUUGCUAAACCAUAUGGCUUCAUUGCAACUCCUGUCAUAGCAAUCACUCACCAAAAGGCCUAUCUGCAGAUGCCCAACACAGAGGCAGUUGAAGCAAUGGUGAAGGCCUGCUCUGAGACACCAGCUAAAUUACAAGACAGAGAGAUAACUGUUAAGAUGAUGAUGCAACCUAUUGACCUGAAUUACACUGAGUCAGUAUUCAGAGUCCUAAUGGGCAUGGAGAAAUCACCUGAAAUUGUCACAUUGCCAGAACGCCUUCUCAUUGUUGGAAAUGUGCCAAAAACACUUGGGGCAAUCAAGGAAGUAGAGGCCAUAAUUCAACGCUAUGGUGCCUUCAAGAAAGUUUUGCCUCUUAAUGGCAGGAUUAUUUUUGAAAUGGAGGAUGCUACUUCUGCUAGGACUAUCUUCACUCGCUUCCUCAAGUUUCGUUGUGUGGUCCAUAACAGUACCCUUAGCUUCAAACUAGCCAAACCAGUCAAGUUUAAAAAGAAGACGGAUGCAAAAGGAGCAAAUCCUCCUGGUACAAAUGCAGUGACAGUAAAAAAACCCAAUACUUUCAAAGUCCAAAAGGUAGUCAAUGCAGCAGAAGCUUCUGCUGCAGGUCCACCUGUCACAAAAGACACAGCCCCAAAAACGAAUGCUACUGUUGAGGCUAAAGAUAGUGAAGUAAGUUUGAAAGAAAGUAUUGAUGAAAUGAUGAAUGCUGAUACAGCUGCAACUACAGUUACUGCAGUUCCCAAAGACAUUUCAGUUGACGGAUCUGCUAAUGCAGAAACAACUGCUUCUGAGAAUAAAGCAGUGAAGGAUACCCAAGCUGUUAAUGAAAAUGCUGUGGAGACCCUUGAAAUUGAAUCUGUGAUAAAAGAGCAUGAAGCUACAUCUUCAGUUUCCACGGCUGAAUCUAAGAUUGAGAACAAGGAGCUUGAGGUUGAAUCCUCUGUUCCCUCUUUAGAAUCUGCCAUUUCAGCUGAGUCUGGGAAAGCAGAGCUUAAAGAUGAAUCAUCAGUCUCUGCGGAAUCUGCUGCUUUAACUGAAUCUCCAAACACAGAGCAUGAAGAUGGAUCCUCAGUUCCUGCUUCAGAAUCUGGAAAAACUGAACUUGAAGUUCCUGCUAUUUCCAUUUUAGAACCUGCCGUUUCAAUGGAGUCAACAGAAGCAGAGGAAGAAUUGGCUUCCUCAGAAACUUCCAUUGUAAUAGAAUCAACUGAUCAAACAGGGCCAUCACUUAAGAAAAAUGUUGAAAAGGCUGAAGAUGUUCCCAAAGAAUUAGUUCCUGCAUCUGUGGAAGAAAGCAAAAUUGACAAUUCAAAGUUGGAAGGUAACGAUAAUGUUGAGUCCAAUUCCGAAAUUGUUGCUUCAGCUGUUAGCAGUGAGGAAACUGCAGUAGAGGCCAUGGAGACCCUAAGUCCAGAAGAAUCUACCAAAGGCACUGAUGUCAAAGAUGAUGUUUUGGAAACCCACAAGCUCAAUAUUAAAAACGAGGGCCAAAAUAAUGACUUGGAACCAAAUGUGGAACCAACCAUACAUCCACAGUCUAGUAAUGAAAAUGUACCUGCUGAAGAGCAUGUCCCUGCAGCUGUUGAAUCUGACUCUCUUCCGACCUUUGAUCCUGCCUCUGACCUACCCACCACUUCCAAUCAAGCAGUCAGUGAUUCAUCUGUCACAGUUACAUGUGCCUCAAAUAGUCCUCAAACGGGGAUCGAGCCCUUCCAGAUUGACGACAAUUCUCUGGACUUUCCUCCGGUUACGCAGGAGAUUUUGAAGGCCCUUGAACUAGCUGUUCAUCAGUGUCGCUUACAGUCUUCGUUAAAACGUGCUGAAGAAGAAGCCAGACAGAGGGCCGAAAUGGAAAAGAAAGCUGCAGAGAAGAAAAUCACAAAAGGCCCGUCAAGCUCAAAGAAGCCUGCUCAGUCAACCAAGAAGACCACUCAAGCUGAGAGCAAAAAGAUUCAGACUGAGAAAGAGAAAAAGUCUCAUAACUCUGGGCCAAAGAGUAAGCUUGCGGACACUUCAUCCCCAGAAAAAGAGUCAACAUGUAGACACAGGAGCAGAGGUGAUUCUGAAGAUGAUGGCCUUAGCACAAGGCGUGGCGGGUCUUCGGGGUCCUCUUCCUCCCGGAGGAGCAGGCGGGAGUCCACUCCUCCAUCAAAGCGUUUAAGGGGGCAUGAUGCUGAUUACAGGCCUUCAAGGAGUCAAUCAAAAACAAGGACACCUGAAAAGGAAAAAGAUGACGAACCGUUUCCAUUUAACAUUGAUGAGUUUGUGACCGUUGAUGAAGUAGGGGAUGACACAGAGGACACUGUGGUCUCAAAUACUGAGUCUUCAGUCAAGGAUGAGAAAAUUGAGGAUAAACCCGAUUCCCACUUCAUAGUGUCUCUUAUUACCGAGUCAGAUCCAGCUGGUGAGGCAAAACAAACUGGCAAGACUGUUGCUUCUGAGAUAGGAAAACCUGAAGUUAUUGAAUGUGCAGGUAAAAUAGAUGCCAAUAUUGAAAAAACCACAACAGCUGUAGAAGUUGUUACAUCUCCAAAGCCAGAAGAGCAAGAUUCUCAGAAAGAGAGUGCUGAUAAGCCACUGGAAACAGACAGGAUGGAAACUGCUGUUGUGAACGAGACAACAGAGCCUUUUACUAAAGCAGAAAAUGCUUCAGCAGACAUGGACAACAAUGUUGAGACUCUUCUAACUAUGAAAGAAGGCACAGGCAUUGAGACUUUGGAUGAAUUGGAACAGCCAGUUUCUUCCUCUCCUUCACAAAGGAACUGCCCACCAAUGUCUGUAGAAACCUUAGAAAAAUCGGAAGAUGUCCAUCCUAAGGAGCCUGAAACCUCUGCCCCAGUGAUGGACGAUAAUGAGGCAACUGUGAUCACUGAAAUUCCACCCCAUGAUGCAAUGGUCACUCUUGAUGAGGUCAGUGAAGGUGAGGAAGAUUUUCUCGAUGAUACAAAUGAGGAACCAUUGAAGGUUGAUGAUGUGCCUGAGGCACUUGUAGUGGUUGAUGAGGUUGGAGAAGAUGAAAGCGGGGGUGAAGAAUAUAAUUUGGACAAAGAACUUCAAGGCUUAGUUACACUGGAUGAGAUUGUUGAUGAAGAGGAGGAAUUUGAUUCAUUCAAUCCUGAGACUCUUGUAACCCUGGAUGAGGCCAAGGGUGAUGAUGAGGAGAAUGAGGAAGUGGAGCAUAGUGAAGACAGGCCUGCCACUGCAAGCACUACAACACCAACAAUACCAGAAGAGCCUGUGAAAUCACCAAGCCAAGAAGAGGAUGUUUGUGACCUUGAAGAGCUCCGCAAAAUGAACUUUGUAACUGUAGAUGAAGUAGGAGAGGAGGAAGAGGUUCAACCACCCAGCGAAGAUGUCAAAGAGGAAAAGACAGUUAAAAAGAGAGCUACAAGAGCCAAAAAGAGAACACGCCAAGCUCCAGUGAGAAGAUCCACAAGAGGGAAAAGAGGAGCAACAAAGACUGCUGAGGAAGCAGAGGAGCCCGAGGCAAAUGCAGAGUGUGAACCAGAGGUAGCUGCUUCCGAAAGCCAGAGUCCUCCUGCAGCUGUCGAAUCCAUGGAUCUCGAUGUAAAGCCAGAACUGCAAAAGGCUGAAACAGUAAAAGUUCCAGAACCAUCAACUGCUGAGGUCUCUCCAAGGUCAGAAGAAGACAGGAUGAAAGCUAAAGAUGAUGACAUCUCUGCAAAGUCAGAAAGUGAUGCUGUUGACACACCGAUCUCUGACAAAAAAUCCUCAGUCAAAGAAGAGUCCAAGCAACGACGGGAGACAGAACCGACACAGGAACCAGAAGUUAAAAAGGCCCGCUCUCAUUCCACUGUGAUUGAAGACUUCACCUUGCCCCCGUUUAACCCAGACAAUCCCAUUGGGGUUGACUUUGUGGUGCCCAAGACAGGUUUCUUCUGCAGACUCUGCUCUCUGUUCUACGGCAAUGAGGAAACGGCUAAGAAAAGUCACUGUAGUAGUCUAAAGCAUUACCAGAACAUGGAGAAAUACUACAAGAAGCUGAAGUCUCAGAAGCAGGAAGGCUGCUCAACACAGACAACGCCCAGUAAUAGUUCUUCUGAAUAACUAUUAUUUUUUCCUGUCUUCUCUCUUUUUUUUUAUUAAUAUUAACAGAUGGGUCCAGUUGUUUUGUUGUAAAGUUUUAUUAUUUUUUUUCUUGUUUAGGAAGAAAUGCAUUGGCUUAUGCUAAAUAAAGAUGACAUAAUCAGACAUGUCUCUUUAUAUGUAUCUAAUAAGUUUUGAAAUGUCUAUAACAUUGUAAUGUCUACUCUAUAAUGAAAAAUAUAAUUUUCAAAAUGAUCA